UCUGUGUGUGUGUGUGUCUCUGUGUGAGUGUGUGUGUGUCUCUGUGUGCGUGUGUGUGUGUGUGUGUGAAGAUCCGCGACACUUGAAAUGUAUAAAUGCGCUCGCGCCGUUGUUCCAUAACGGUUAGUUGUAAGAGAAAGGACAAGUGACGCUUGGAAUAACGUUAAACAGCUAUUUACCACAACAGUGGACCAACAUCCCAAACGAAGAGCUCAGAUAUCGUUCAAGGAACUUGAGGAAAAUAAAAUCGACGAACUUGGAAACGAAGUUAGGAUGAAAAUGGACGCCUAUAGUUUUAAACAAUCCUCCCACCCUGUGAAGAUUAGCAUCGAACAACAGACUUCGCUAAUGGGAGACAAGAGGAGCAUAAAAAACCUUGAUUGUGGAAAACCUCUGAAAAUAGAAGACCGCAGAAAUGCUAUCUCGGGUAAUAAGACGUAUAAUACCUUUACCACAUCGUCUUCUACAGCUCCUUUGACGUUCUUUAAAGAACAGAGUGCCUCCUUUACUAACGGCAGUCAUUUCUCGGUUAACGAAAAGAAAACUGUAGAAGAUCCUCCUCCGUAUUGUGGACCUUCUGUUGUGGAUAAACCAGACCCUCUAAGUCCGCAUUUCACCAUCGUGAGCACGGAGACGCUUACACACAGUCCAGUCGUUUCCUCUCAGCCAAUCAGCGCGUGCAGCGUCGAAGCGGCCACCGAGCGCGCGAGCCUCCCUCAGCUUCCCUCAGAAACAGAUUAUUAUAACACAGCAAAUUACAUAGAUAAAAAAGGCUACAUUAAGAAGCCCAUGAAUGCCUUCCUUAUUUGGUCGAGGAUACAUCGACCUAUCUUCUCCAUGGCCAACCCAUUUGCCAGUAAUGCACAGAUCAGCACACAACUAGGAAAUGAGUGGAGAAAACUGAGUGAAGAACAAAAGGCACCCUACUUUGCAGAGUCAUGGAGGCUUAAAUGGAAACACAGACAGCAAUUUCCUGACUGGGUUUAUAAUCCAGGGAAGAAAAAGCAAUUCAGCCCACCUGUAGACACUACCUCUAAUGCCUCAUCAACUGUGGCCCAGGCACUGUCUCCGAGACCUGUGCCUCAUGACAUCGUUCUAGCAUCACCCAUAAACUCCACCUCGCAAAACUCAGCCUUUCAGACCAGUCUAAUGUUUUCUGGCAAUUUGCAGUGUAGAACCUCACAAAGGACACCUGUUCUAGGGCCAAACCAUCCUAUAGUCAUGGACAUGCCAAGAGGAGCACCAGUCCAUGGCCUGCUUCCUGGAUCGAGUGGCCAUUUCCUUGGCCUUUCCCACGUAUAUUUACAAGUACCACUGUUUCAUAGGGGCACCCACUUUGUCCCACCACCUAUCCCACUUGUUCCACAAUACGGUAUGCCGGGGUUGCCAUUCUACCAGACCAGCUCCUUGCUUUAUUCUGACUACACAAGCAUGGGCCUGUACAAUGACUCUUUUCAAAACUACAAUGACUUUUCUGGUUAAAUCAGAACUGUGCCUUUUGCAUAGAGUCUGGGGACUGGCCAUACAACCAGAAGACUCACUUUAGCACAUGAGUUUGAGAAUGUGUUUAACAACCUUGCUCAG